AUAGAAUUGAACAUCUGACUCAGUCACAAAACCAGUGUCUUUCUUUUCUCGUCUAUAUGAAGCUUUCUAAGUUGGAUAGAGACAUUGGAGAGUGGGAAUAUCAGUAGUGUGGUUGUGGAAGAGGUGAAAGCGCAGAAUUAAGGAGCAGAAAUUGGCAAGACGUAGAGUACAGUGAUCUCUUCGGGAAGAAAGAAAAGGCAGAGGGACUCUCCCUCCCCACCACUGUUUUCUUCUGAAAAAGGAAACAGGAAGAUGGACAGUUCCAUAAAAACAACAAUGUUUUACGAUGAUGAUUCGCCAUCUAUCACUAUGGCGACAGCGUAUGACUAUGAUGGUGCACCAUCACCAGUUGAAGAUCUGGCUUCCCAAAAAUUCAAUUCCCACGUGAUGCCAACACUCUAUUCUUUGGUGUUCGUAUUUGGCCUUCUGGGCAAUGCGCUAGUUGUGCUCAUCCUCAUCCUGUUCAAAAAGCUCAAAAGCAUGACUGAUAUCUAUCUGCUCAAUUUAGCCAUUUCAGACUUACUUUUCAUAGUCUCACUCCCAUUUUGGGCUUACGCUGCUGGAAACGAAUGGGUGUUUGAAAAUACGAUGUGCAAGAUUCUCUCCGCUGCUUAUGAUACUGGUUUCUACAGCGGAAGCUUCUUUAUAAUCCUUUUGACCAUCGACAGAUACUUGGCCAUUGUUCACGCAGUGUUUGCAAUGAAAGCUAGAACAGCGGUCUAUGGCAUGUUCUCAAGCGGCUUCACAUGGCUGCUGGCUGUGAUUGCCUCUGUGCCGACAUUAAUGUUUUCCGAAGUCCAGAAAAGAAAGGAGGGCCAGAGAUGCAGCCUUCGUAUGGAAGAGGGACGUAAAUUGAAAGAAUUCUUAGUUUUGAUGAGGGUCAUAUUGGGCCUAGUCAUUCCAUUCCUCAUUAUGCUCGUCUGCUAUGUGCAAAUUCUCAUGAUUUUGAUGAAGAACAGGAAUGAUAAAAAGCUGAAAGCCAUCAGGCUUAUUUUUGUGAUCAUGGUGAUUUUUUUCAUCUUCUGGGUGCCAUACAACGCCACCUUGUUGCUGGUCACCUUUUCCCCAUGUACAGAGGACUGUGCUGACAGCUUUGGCGUAGAAAUUCAAGUGACUGAAACAAUCGCUAUGAUCCACUGUUGCAUCAACCCAGUGAUUUAUGCCUUUGUAGGUGAAAAGUUCAGGAAAUAUCUCUCUGUCUUGUUCCGAAAGUGCACAAAAAUGUGUCGUUGUAGGCUCUGUGUAGGUGUUGCCCUCCCUAGUUUAGAACGAUCUUUUUCCUCCAUGAGUACUUCAGAGCAUGACAUUUCUACCGGUUUGUGAAAAACUUUCUCAUUGUGUGUGCGGAUAUAUACCAUUCACAAUGGUCAGACUACUUGUAGGCUGCACUUUGCACACUGAUUGAUCUCAGCAUAGUAUGCUACUCUACAGGGGUCAUUUUGUAGAAAAAGGGGUGCAG